AUGCUUAUAGGGCACUGUGUUGCAACAAUUCCCACUAAUUAUAAGGUUGUAACUACAACGGUUUGUUGCAACAUCUGUUGCAACAAAACCCUACGGCUACCAGUACACUACUGGCCUGUCGGACAUUGCCGAGCAGGCCGCCACCGUCGUCGUCGUCACCGAAACCCCGCCGCCACCGUUCGCGACGCGCUCGUCGUCGUCGCGCCGCCGCCCGCUCCCCGACGCGCACCCACGUGCUGCCCGCCGCGCCCGCCGAUCCUUCCCACGCGCCUACCGACACGCCACCCAGCCGUUCACCGCCCCGACGCGCGCUCGCGCCGCCUUUCCCACGCUCCGCUCGCCGUGCUGACGGUCGCGCGCGCUCGCCCUCGCGGUCGCACGUGCAUCCGCGAGCGUGGCGCUCGAAAUCGCGCUCUCGGCAGAUGCCGAGAGCGCACCCACUGCCCUCGCGCUCGAUCAAUCAGCGCCUGGAACGCGCACCCCGCCGCUCUCGGCCGAAACCGUCAGCGCGCACCAGCCGUUGGGCUGCGGAUAUGCGGCGAAUGCCGAAUUCCUGCCCGCCCCUCGGGAAGCGUUGGCAUCGGUCGACGCGCACAUGCAUCCGCACGAUCGACAGAGUGCGCGGGCACGCCCACUUCCCGCGACACUCAUCCGCGAAGAUGA